UUUACCAUUUCCGACACUAAACAGCUGUUCAUAAAAUUGUUUAUAUGUGAAAAUCAAAGAAGAAGAAGCGGAGUUUGCAAUGCUUAAAAAUUUUAUAUUGGCGCCGAAUAUCUGCUCUAUUAAAUUUUCGUGUGUAAGCAAUUUUUUUCGGCUCAGUUACAAAAUGUCUAAUUUUUACGAAGGUAGUCUGGCGGUGAAAGAUAAUGAAUUGAAUUUGGAUUUAACACUUUUAGGCGGACAAAGUUUUCGCUGGCUGAAAUCUCUUAAUUGCAAAGGCGAAGCCGAAUGGCACGGUGUCGCCUUUAAUGCCUUUUGGAUGCUUCGUCAGAAUCAAGAGCGUUUGUUCUAUAAAGUUUAUCCUAAUCCGUUAGAUUCUGGAAUACGCGACAAGAAAUAUUACGAACAGCUCUUAAAGCGUUACUUACGUUUAGACUUUGAUUUAUUAAAAUAUGUGAAUCAAUGGCGUAAAGCGCAUCAGCAUUUCGACAAAAUAGCAAUACAUUUAAAAGCCGUACGUGUUUUAAAUCAGGAUCCAUUGGAAAAUAUUAUCUCUUUUAUAUGUAGUCAAAAUAAUAAUAUUAAAAGGAUAUCAACUAUGGUUCAGUGGUUAUGCAAUAAAUACGGAGAGAAAAUUGGACAUUUUCAAGGCAGAGAUGAAUUCAGUUUUCCUACAAUAACUUCCUUACUAGAAUCCGAGAACCAAUUGGAGUCAUCAUUACGCACUGCUAAAUUUGGUUAUCGCGCAAAAUUUAUUGCUCAAUCUGUUCAAAAAAUAAACGAAUAUGGAGGCUUAGAAUGGUUCGAAAAACUACGUACUUUACCUUACAGUGAGGCUCGACAAGAGCUAGUACAAUUGCCAGGUAUUGGCUACAAAGUAGCAGAUUGUAUAUGUCUAAUGUCUUUAAAUCAUAUGGAUUCGGUGCCUGUUGAUACACACAUUUUUAAAAUUGCCCAGCGCAUUUAUCUACCAGCCUUAGUAAAUGUUAAAAGUGUUACUCCAAAAAUCUACGACCAAAUAGCAGAACAUUUUCGUAAAGUCUAUGGCGAAUACGCUGGAUGGGCACAAGCUAUUGUUUUCUGUUCAGAACUGCAACAAUUUCAAUUGAAACAUAACUUAGACGAUUCCAAUGUAGUCUCGCAAAAGAAAUCCAGAGAGAGAUGCCACGCACCUUGAACACGUGAUACAUGACAUUAUGUAUUAUAUUAUAGUUAGGAGCUUUUUUUAAACAAUUUCUUUUUCUUCAUUAUUAUAAUAAAUUAAAAACAGUUUGUUGCUUAAUAUUUUAGCACAUUCACAUUUAACAGUUUUAAAUUUUCAAUUUUUAUUUCUUAAUCAAUAGCAUAAAUAAAUAUUUAUUAUUA